AAAUUUCAUAUCAAAUAUGUCUCUACGAAGCUUUGUUGCACUCGAACGCCCUCGUCUUGUCGAUCGAAAGCUCCUUACUCGACCUCAACAUGAAGGCUUCGGUGCUGUCGUAAGAAGAAGCAUCGGCAGGUAUGAGCUCAAAUACUUUGAUCCGUUCCUUGUUCUCGACGAGUUCUUUGUGACUGCGCCGGCUGGUUUUCCUGAUCAUCCACAUCGAGGAUUUGAAACGGUCACCUACAUGUUGCAGGGAGCAAUGACACACGAAGAUUUUCAAGGCCAUAAAGGAACAAUUGGAGCUGGCGACUUGCAAUGGAUGACUGCUGGCAAAGGCAUUGUCCACUCUGAAAUGCCUGCCUCCCAUGGCACUCAACAUGGCUUACAACUUUGGAUCAAUCUCUCCUCCAAACACAAAAUGAUAGAACCGAGGUAUCAAGAAGUACAUAACAAUGACGUAGUGGAAGCUAAAAAAGACGGAGUAAAAGUGAGAGUGAUAGCGGGAGAAGCCAUGGGAGCACAAUCCCCAAUUUACACUAAGACUCCGACCAUGUACUUGGAUUUCACACUCGACCCAGGAUCUCACAUCGAGCAGCCGAUCCCAGUGGGGUGGAACGCGUUCGUGUACGUGCUAGAAGGCGAGGACGGAGUGUUCGGGAGCAUGAAAUCGAUGCCGAUUGCAUCACAUCACAUUGUUUUGUUGGGGAAUGGGGAUGGAUUGGAGGCUUGGAACAAGUCUUCCUCUGAAGCCCUAAGGUUUAUAUUGGUUGGGGGUGAGCCAUUGAAUGAGAGUGUUGUGCAAAUGGGGCCAUUUGUGAUGAACACUGAAGAAGAGAUUGACCAAACCAUUGAGGAUUUUGAGAAUUGUACCAAUGGGUUUGAGAGAGCAAAGCAUUGGAGUUCACAAGCUUAAGAUGUUGCUUGCCUCUUCUUUUGCUAUUAAUUUGUAAACCACAUUAUUA